AUGAGAUACAAUGAGUUUUCCGAUCAGAACAGCAGAUUCGACCCUGAUUUUGCGAAACUUGUUGCCGAGACCACAGGGCCAAACGCAACAACUCGUCAUGAGCAUAUUAUAACCAGCUUCAUCCGGCACGUACACGACUUUGCCCGCGAUGUUAAGCUAACCCACGACGAGUGGAUGACGGGCGUGGAUUAUAUCAACUCUCUAGGCCAACAUUUCACUGCAAAAAGUCACGAGGCUUUUCGUUUACGUGACAUGCUCGGACUUGGAUCCUUGGUGGAGGAAAUUGAGAACAAGACUAUCCCUUGCGGCAGUUCCAACUCUACGUCCUCGGCGGUCCUCGGUCCUCUUUGGGCUCCGGAUGCACCAUUUCGAGAAAAUGGCGCCUCCAUCAUUCAUGGUUCAGUACCAACUGCGCGUGGGCAAGAUGCCCGGCAAGGCUUUGGAUCUCGCCACGGACACACCGAUAUCAGGGGCAAUUGUUGCUGGGUGCUUGCCCGUUGUUUUGCGCCCCAAUCUGACAAUAUACGGAAGACCAUGUCGGCGACUUGUCCUAUGCUCAUCGCAGAAAUCACCUGCACUGACCAUGCAAGUUUUUGCUUAAACGACCGAGUUUCGACUUUGAAAACCUAUGGAACCCUCCUCUUGAUUAUUUUCGAGAUUCCUUGCAACCUGCUCUGGAAGUUGAUAGGAUCCGGCUGGUUCCUCCCGUUAUCUGAUGUCCUCUUUGGCAUGGCGUCUAUUGGCACAGUCUUUAUGCGCUUAAAAAAACCUUAA